GUAAAGUCCACUGGCAGUAGGAGUAGGGCCUCAACCGCUGCUCUGCCCUGCUUGACUACAAUGCCUGGCUGUUUUCACAAGAAGCCGAAUGAAACGCCUUAGAAAAGGAGUAACAUUUUAGGAAAAGUAACUAAUUUUUCCUCCAAAAUUCCCUUGUUUAUAGAGGAUUCCUCAGCUGAACACAUCUUUAAAGUGAUCUCUGUGUGCCACACAGAGGAAGUAUCAUGAGGAGGGAAGAGAACGCCCUUCCGUACCCUAAACCCCUGGACGGAGGAUGGGGAUGGAUGAUUGUGUUUCAUUUUUUCCUGGUAAAUGUGUUUGUGAUGGGAAUGACCAAGACAUUUGCAAUUUUCUUUGUGGUCUUCCAAGAAGAGUUUGAAGGCACUUCAGAGCAAAUUGGUUGGAUUGGAUCCAUUAUGUCAUCACUCCGUUUUUCUGCAGGUCCACUGGCUGCUACUAUUUGUGACAUACUUGGAGAAAAAACUACCUCCAUUCUUGGGACUCUCCUUGUUUCUGGUGGCUAUCUGGUCAGCAGCUGGGCCACAGGCAUUCCCUUUCUUUGUGUGACUAUGGGACUGUUACCUGGAUUGGGGUCUGCAUUCUUGUACCAAGUAGCUGCUGUGGUAAUUACCAAAUAUUUCAAAACCAGAUUGGGCCUUUCUACAGCAAUUGCCCGUUCCGGAAUGGGACUGACAUUUCUAUUGGCACCCUUUACAAAAUUCCUGGUAGAUCUUUAUGACUGGACAGGUGCUCUUAUAUUAUUUGGAGCUAUUGCAUUGAAUCUGGUACCUUCCAGCAUGCUCUUAAGACCCACCCAUAUCCAAACAGAGAACAAUUUUGAUACUAAAAACAAGGACAGCAGUUUGUCUGAAACUGGACCAGAGGUCUCAUAUCGGACAGAAACACCAUCCUGCAAUGAAACACAAGAGUCUUGCGUUGAAGGCAGUACUAUGAGAAAAUCUGGAGAAUCUACUAAAAAUUUAUCUGUCUUAGAAAGUCAAAGUGAAGAACCCAGCAAUGGGCCACACAGGAACAUGCUGCUACUUAUGAAUGAUGACAAAAGUUCCAAGAAAAAGUUUGUUUCAUGGAACUGCAAGCAAAAACUUUUAGAUAUGUCUCUCUUUAGGAAUCCCUUCUUCUACAUAUUUACCUGGUCUUUUCUCCUCAGUCAGUUAGCAUAUUUCAUACCGACUUUUCACCUGGUAGCCAGAGCCAAAACGCUUGGAAUUGACAUAAUGGAUGCCUCCUACCUUGUGUCUGUAGCUGGUAUCACCGAGACAGUCAGUCAGCUUAUUUCUGGAUGGAUUGCUGAUCAAAACUGGGUCCAGAAGUAUCAAUACCAUAAGUCUUACCUCAUUCUGUGUGGUGUGACUAACCUGCUUGCCCCUUUAGCCACCACUUUCCCACUACUUAUGGCCUACACUAUCUUUUUUGCCAUUUUUGCUGGUGGUUACUUGGCACUAAUACUGCCAGUAUUGGUCGAUCUAUGUAAGAAUUCUAGCGUACACAAGUUUUUGGGAUACGCCAGUUUCUUUGCUGGGAUGGCUGUCCUUUCUGGACCACCAAUAGCAGGCUGGAUACACGACCAUACACAGACAUACACAGGCUCUUUCUACUUCUCCGGCACCUGCUAUCUCCUCUCUUCAGUUUCCCUUUUCUUUGUACCACUGGCUGAAAGAUGGAAAAGCAAACAGGCUGGCCUUCUAAGGACUACAAUCAAGUAAAAUCUUAACAAAAGAAAACUGGAAACAAAAGCUUAGAAGGAAAAUCUUUGUAAAAAUAAAGUAAGCAAUGUAAUUUUUAAGAUU